AUGAAAAACAUUUCAUCAUCUUUAACUAAUAAUUGUCAUCAUCUCUUCUGCACUCGUAAUAGUAGAAAUUUGAUUCCCAAAUUCGACAAAAAUCGAGGAGUUUUUUCAUUACAAUCAUUGAUUAAAAAACAAAGUUUCACUUCGUCUACAAAUGAAGAGGUUCCUUUUGCUGGUUGGUCAAUGCCAGUUUUAUACUCAAAUAUGGGUAUAUUGGCUUCACAUCUGCACACGCGCGCAGACGCUUCAUUAUUUGAUGUAUCUCACAUGCUUCAAAUGAGAAUCUUAGGUAAAGAUUCUGUAACAUUUAUUGAAAAAUUAGUUGUGGCAGAUCUCAAAGAAUUGCCACUCGACACUUCAACAUUAUCAGUUUUUACCAAUGAACAAGGUGGUAUCAUUGACGAUACAGUGAUUUGUAAGAAGCAUGAUCACAUCUACAUUGUAUCAAAUGCUGGUUGCGCACAAAAAGAUUUAGCACAUAUCAGAAAUGAAUUGGGAAAAUUUCAAAAUCAAGGUGGAGAUGCAUCAUUAGAGGUUAUUAAUGAUCAUGCGUUAUUGGCUUUACAAGGUCCCAAAUCAUCAAAUGUUCUUCAGAAUUUGACUGAAGCAAAUUUAAAUGAUUUUAAAUUUAUGACGGCGCGUACUUUAAAAAUAAAUGGAGUGGAUUGUCACGUGACUCGCUCUGGGUAUACAGGAGAAGAUGGGUUUGAGAUCGCUGUCCCUUCAACUGAAGCAGUUAAAUUAGCAAAUACAUUAUUGGAAAAUUCUUUCGUACAAUUGGCUGGAUUAGGUUCUCGUGACAGUUUACGUUUAGAAGCAGGACUUUGUUUAUAUGGUCAUGAUCUUGAUGAUACAACAUCACCUGUUGAAGCUGAAGGCGGAUUCUUGGGUGCAAAUCAUAUCCUUAAUCACAUUAAAAAUGGGGUAACUCGUCGUCGGGUUGGCCUCAUAGUUGAAGGUGCACCAGCAAGAGGUAAAGUUACAAGUGGUGGACCAUCACCAUCCCUCAAGAAGAAUAUUGCAAUGGGAUAUGUAAAAUCAGGGUUUCACAAAUCCAAUACCGAACUUCAAGUCAAAGUUCGUAAUCAAUUACAAAAGGCUCGAAUUGUAAAAAUGCCAUUUAUCACUCCUAAUUAUUAUAAAUAA